AUGACUCAGUCUGUUCAUAUCUAUCUGUCUCUCUCCCUCUCCUCUCUUUCUAUCUAUCUAUCUAUCUAUCUAUCUAUCUAUCUAUCUAUCUAUCUAUCUAUCUAUCUCAGUAACCAGCUUAUUUGCCUUCUUUUUCAUAUCUAUCUAUCUAUCUAUCUCAGUUUAUACAUAUCUAUGUACCUUAGUCUUUAUCUAUCUUUCUAUCAAUCUUUCCCAAAUCUAUCUCAGUCUUUUCAUAUCUAUCUAUCUAUCUAUCUAUCUAUCUAUCUAUCUAUCUAUCUCAUUUAUCUAUAUCUAGUUUAUUCAUAUUCAUUCAUCUAUCUAUCUAUCUGUUCAUAUCCUUAUAUCUAUCUAUCUAUCUAUCUAUCUAUCUAUCUAUCUAUCUAUCUAUCUGUGCAUCCUAGCGUGUUCCCAUAUCUAUCUAUCUAUCUAUCUAUCUAUCUAUCUAUCUAUCUAUCUAUCUAUCUCAGUCUGUUGAUUAUCUUUCUAUUUACCUCGCUCAGCAUAUCCUUAGAUCUAUCUAUCUAUCUAUCUAUCUAUCUAUCUAUCUAUCUAUCUAUCUAUCUAUGUCUGUUGUUUUUUCUUCAUAUCUAUCGGUAUACGGCUAUAUUACGUUGA